AUGAAGGUCUUCGUCUUAGUCAUCUUCUUUUUCCUCCUCCUGCAAUCUUGUAUCUCCUCCGUUGAUACCAUCAUGAGAAGACAGUCCUUGAGAGAUGGUGAUGUCUUAUUCUCUCUAGGGAGGAGAUUUGCAUUUGGAUUCUUCAGCCCUGGGGCUUCCAAGCUCCGGUAUGUUGGGAUUUGGUAUGCUCAAAUCUCUAAGCAGACUGUCGUAUGGGUUGCAAACAGAGACCGUCCCGUUAAUGAUACAUCUGGUCUGAUAAAGUUCAGCAGCAGAGGGGAUCUCUGUGUCUACGCAUCAGUCAAUGGAACAGAGCCUCUCUGGUCGACUAAUGUCUCGGAUAGUAUCUCGGAACCAACUCUAGCUGCGAAACUCUCUGAUUCAGGGAACCUUGUUCUGCUUGAUUCAGUCACAGGGAGAACUUUCUGGGAGAGCUUUGGUCAUCCUGCAGACACUUUUCUUCCGUUUAUGAGGUUGGGAUUCACAGGGAAAGACGGUUUGGAUCGCUUUCUGACGUCAUGGAGAUCUCCUGAGGACCCUGGUUCCGGGAACUUCACAUACCGGAUACAACGCAAGGGAUUUCCGCAACUUUUUCUGUACAAAGGUGUGACCCCGUGGUGGCGUCCGGGAUCGUGGACCGGGAGGAGGUGGAGCGGUGUGCCUAAAAUGGGAAGAGGACAUAUGUUCAAUAUCUCGUUUGUGAAUAAUCAAGACGAAGUAUCAUUCGCUUACGGUGUGACGGAUGCUUCAGUCAUAACAAGAAUUAUAGUGAACGAGAGAGGAAACGAUCAAAGGUUAACAUGGAUUGCGAGGGACGAGAGAUGGAACGAAUUCUGGUCAGUUCCGAAAGAGAAUUGCGACUACUACGCACACUGUGGCGUUAACGGUCACUGCGAUCCCACGACCUCAGAAACGUUUGUGUGCACAUGCCUACCUGGUUUUGAGCCCAAGUUUCCCCGGGAUUGGUUCUUAAGAGACACUUCGGGUGGGUGUAGAAAGAAAAACAGAGCAGCUUCAAAAUGCCGUGAGAGAGAUGGGUUUGUGAAGUUGGAGCGCGUGAAGAUUCCGGACACAUCCGCUGCAGGAGUGGAUAUGAACAUAACAUUGAAGGAGUGCAAACAGAGGUGCUCGAGGAACUGUUCUUGUGUCGCUUACGCAAGCGCUCACCAUGAGAGUGAAGGAGGAGCAAUAGGGUGCUUGCCAUGGCAUGGUGAUAUGCUGGAUAGCAGGACAUAUUCUAAUUCUGGACAAGAUUUCUACGUAAGUGUAGAUGCGGAAGAGUUAGCGCGGUGGAACAGAAAGGGUUCAUCAGGAAAGAGGAGAGUCUUUCUGAUUCUCAUCAGUUCGAUUUCAGCCGGAAUGCUACUAAUGGUGAUUUUCUUCAGUUACGUAAGGAAGCAACGAAAGUCGAACAGGAAUAAAAGAUCCUCAACAGCCUUCAUCCCAAGUUCUUUUGAUUUUGAAGACUCACUCACAUUUGAAGAGGACGAGGAGAGAAACCGGGAGUCGCCUCUCUUUGAGCUUAGCACAAUCGCUACAGCGACAAAUAACUUCUCUGUACAGAACAAGCUUGGAGCAGGUGGUUUCGGACCUGUUUAUAAGGGCGUGUUACAAAACAGAAUGGAGAUAGCGGUGAAGAGAUUGUCAAGAAACUCAGGCCAAGGAAUGGAAGAGUUCAAGAACGAGGUCAGGUUGAUAUCAAAGUUGCAGCAUCGGAAUCUAGUGAGGAUCUUAGGAUGUUGCGUUGAGUUGGAAGAGAAGAUGUUGAUAUACGAGUAUUUACCAAACAAGAGCCUUGACUAUUUCAUAUUCCAUGAAGAGCAUAGAGCUGAGCUGGAUUGGCCAAAACGGAUGGGGAUAAUCCGAGGGAUUGCUCGAGGAGUAUUGUAUCUUCAUCAAGAUUCAAGACUGAGGAUCAUCCACAGAGACCUCAAGGACAGCAAUGUACUUCUUGACAAUGAUAUGACUCCUAAGAUUGCAGAUUUUGGCUUGGCGAGAAUCUUUGGGGGCAACCAAAUCGAAGGAAGCACCAACAGAGUUGUUGGAACAUACGGAUACAUGUCACCGGAGCACGCAAUGGACGGCCAGUUUUCUGUGAAAUCCGAUGUCUACAGUUUCGGAGUAUUGAUCUUAGAGAUCAUUACGGGAAAUAAAAACAGUGCUGUCUACGAGGAAUCUUCGAAUCUAGUUGGACAUAUCUGGGGUCUAUGGGGAAAAGGUGAAGCAAGAGAGAUCAUAGACACGUUAAUGGACGCAGAGACUUAUGACGUGAGCGAAGUGAUGAAAUGCGCACACAUUGGGUUGCUUUGCGUGCAAGAAAGCGCUUCGGACAGGCCAGACAUGUCCGCUGUUUUGUUCAUGUUGGGACAAAACGCCAUUGAUCUUCCAUCUCCCAAGCAUCCUGCUUUUACGGUGUUAAGGAAAAGAAACGUCAAAAAUGGCGGUAGCUCAGGUUGUUCUUUCAAUGAUGUUACCCUCACCAGCGUUCAAGGUCGUUGA